AUGGAUUGUCACAUUGGCAUCUCUUGCCAAAAGACAUCAGCUGCUAAAAAGGAGAUCGGCAAACAAGACUUCAAACACAUGGAUUCUCAGUGGUUCCAUCAAGCAACUGCCACAAAUGAUGGCUUCAAUGACAAGAAUAAUGCAGGAAACAGAGCGGACCUAAACCUGAAACUAGCCAGUCUCCGUGACGACUCUAGCCUUGCUAACUUCAGUUUUAAUGGCCCGAUGACGACGACUCCAAACCUUGCCAACUUCAGUUUCAGUGGCCCCAACACCAUUGACAAGGUUGCUAUUACUUGA